CUUAUUCCCCCAAAGAACCGGCCUCCCGGGAAGGACCGCUCUGGCGGAGAAGACUCGAACGGCUCCCACCGCCGGGCGUUGGGGGAAAGCCACAACAAAUCAUCGUCAAUCUGUUCCAUCAUCUCCAGUCUGGCAGCAAAAGGAGUAUCUCAGAAUCUCCGGCCCGUGAAACCGUGAGGGGAUCUGGCCAAGACGUUCUCUUCCUUCUGCCUCCCACCCAGCGGCUCUUCACCUCCACCAUGAGCCUGGACAUCCAGUGUGAGCAGCUGAGUGACGCUAGGUGGGCCGAGCUCCUCCCCCUGCUCCAGCAGUGCCAAGUGGUCAGGCUGGACGACUGUGGCCUCACAGAGGCACGGUGCGGCGACAUCAGCUCGGCACUCCGAGUCAACCCUGCACUGACAGAACUCAGCCUGCGCAGCAAUGAGCUGGGUGAUGCCGGCGUGCACUGCGUGCUCCAGGGCCUGCAGCCCUCCUGCAAGAUCCAGAAGCUGAGCCUCCAGAACUGCUACCUGACGGGGGCCGGCUGCGGGGUCCUGUCCGGCACGCUACGCUCCCUGCCCACGCUUCAGGAGCUGCACCUCAGCGACAACCUCUUGGGGGAUGCGGGCCUGCAGCUGCUCUGCGAGGGACUCCUGGACCCCCAGUGCCGCCUGGAAAAGCUGCAGCUUGAGUAUUGCAACCUCUCGGCUGCCAGCUGCGAGCCCCUGGCCUCCGUGCUCAGGGCCAAGCCGGACUUCAAGGAGCUCACGGUUAGCAACAACGACAUCAAUGAGGCCGGCGUCCGUGUGCUGUGCCAGGGCCUGAAGGAUUCCCCCUGCCAGCUGGAGGCGCUCAAGCUGGAGAGCUGUGGUAUCACGUCAAACAACUGCCGGGACCUGUGCAGCAUCGUGGCCUCCAAGGCCUCGCUGCGGGAGCUGGCCCUGGGCAGCAACAAGCUGGGUGAUGUGGGCAUUGCAGAGCUGUGCCCAGGGCUGCUCCACCCCAGCUCCAGCCUCAGGACCCUGUGGAUCUGGGAGUGUGGCAUCACCGCCAAGAGCUGUGCGGAUCUGUGCCGUGUCCUCAGGACCAAGGAGAGCCUGAAGGAGCUCAGCCUGGCCGGCAACGAGCUGGGGGACGAGGGUGCCCGGCUGCUGUGUGAGACGCUGCUGGAGCCCGGCUGCCAGCUGGAGUCACUGUGGGUGAAGUCCUGCAGCUUCACAGCCGCCUGCUGCUCCCACUUCAGCUCGGUGCUGACCCAGAAUAAGUUUCUCCUGGAGCUGCAGAUAAGCAACAACAGGCUGGGGGACGCGGGCGUGCAGGAACUCUGCAAGGGCUUGGGCCAGCCCGGCUCCGUGCUGCGGGUGCUCUGGCUUGGCGACUGUGAUAUGAGUGACAGCAGCUGCAGCAGCCUUGCCGCGACCCUGUUGGCCAACCAUAGCCUGCGCGAGCUGGACCUCAGCAACAACUGCCUGGGGGACGCGGGCGUCCUGCAGCUGGUGGAGAGUGUCCGGCAGCCGGGCUGCCUCCUGGAGCAGCUGGUCCUGUACGACAUUUACUGGUCCGAGGCGAUGGAGGACCGGCUGCAGGCCCUGGAGGAGGAGAAGCCAUCCCUGAGGGUCAUCUCCUGAGGCGCUUCCUGCCGCUGCUCUCCCUGGACGACCGGCUUCGAGGCACCCCUGGGGCUGACCAGCCCCUGCCACGUCCUCGCCCUGCAUAUCCUAGGUUUGAAGAGAAACGCUCAGAUCCGCUUAUUUUUGCCAGUAUAUUUUGGACACUUUAUAAACCAUUAAAGCACUUUCUUGGCAGGA